AUGUCCAAGAUUCUCACCGUUUUUGGCGCCACCGGAAACCAAGGCGGUUCCGUGAUCAGUGCGGUCCUCGCCGACCCUGUUCUUUCCAAGGAAUACAAGAUCCGCGGCGUCACUCGAGAUGCGUCUAAGCCAGCCGCCAAGGCACUGGCCAGCAAGGGCGUCGAGCUGGUUUCUGCGGAUCUCUCCUCUCCCGAAACGAUCAGGGGGGCGGUCGAAGGUGCCCACAGCGUCUUCAUUGUCACCAACUACUGGGAAUCAGGAUCUGCGGAAGUCGAGUUAGCGCAAGGCAAGGCCGUCGCUGACGCCAGUAAGGCCGCUGGGGUCAAACACCUCAUCUUCUCAUCCCUCAUCAAUGUGACUGAGGCGAGCAAGGGGGCUCUGACCCAUGUCAAACACUUCGAUGCCAAGGCUACCGUCGAGAAGUAUAUCCGCGAGAUCGGAGUCCCGGCAACAUUUAUUAUGCCCGGUUUUUACAUGUCCAACCUUUUUGAAAUGAUCCGAAAGAAUGAAGAUGGCACUUUUACAUGGGCUUUGCCUGUCGAUGGGGACAAGGCUCAAGUUCCUGUCUUUGACGCUUCUGGAGAUACUGGCUUGUUUGUCAAAGCGGCAUUGAAGCUUCGUGAGCCGACUGGAAAGCAGAUUUUGGCUACCGCCGAGUACAUCAGCCCCAAGCAGCUCAUCGCCGAAUUCUCCGAGGUUACAGGCCAUAAGGCGACUUUCGCCCAGGUUCCUGUUAACGUUUUCAAGUCGUUCCUGCCCCUGCAAAUAGCGGAUGAGAUGAACGACAACAUGCUGCUUCUGCAAGAACCAGGAUAUUACCAAGGCGCGGAUCUCGCGGAGAGUCUGCAGCUUCUGGAUGCAAAGCCUACUACCUGGAAGGCGUUUGUAGAGGCUAAUAAGGCGAAGUGGGAGUAA